AUGAUACCGCAGACUCCCUCCGCGACCGUUCCUCCGGAUACUUCUUCCCAACAACUUCUUCGCAUGGGUAAACCUUUUGUCGAGUUCCCAAGAUUCAGCAUUCUGUCUCUCCUGGACGAAAAAGAUCAUGCUGGCAACAGGCUGCCGUUCUCGGAGUGGCUGACGAGACAGCUGCAGGUUGGCAAACCUUUCGUCAUUGCCGACUUCGAGAAGCUUGAUACCUGGCCAGGGUCGGACUCUCGGAGUGGGCAUCAGCCCGGCUUCAGCAUCGAGAGACUGAUUGAACUGAGCACCAAAAAGAACAUACCCGUGCGCAAUUGCAGUACAGGACGAGAUCUUUCCUUCACCCUCAAAAAGUUUGCCGACAGUGCCAGACAGUCGUAUCCCGAGUUUCAAAAUCUAUAUGCUCGAGAUCUGCAAUGUCCACCAGAAUGGCUGGAACAAUGUCGCAAACUCCUUCCCACCGAGGUUCAGUGGGGUGGUCGACUGGACCUCUUCCAGUGGCUUCCCCAAUGCGCUCGAAGUGAAGUCAUGAUGGCCUACGUCGGCAGCGAGGGGAGCAGCUCGGGCUUCCAUCGAUGCUUCUCAAGUACUGUCGCUCUCAAUCUGCUGGUCGAGUCAGAUAACCGUCCAGUCGUCUGUAUCGGAACCGACUUCGAUUCGCAGAAAAAGUAUGACUCGUUCAUAUCGUCGAGGGGAGCUUCGCCGCAUCUCGAUUGGGUGAAUGUGGGUUCGGGCGAGCUCGCUCAGGCCGAUUUCCCGUUGUACGUCUAUGAUCAACGUGUAGGAGACCUCGUGGUGUUCCCACCAGCAACGGCACACCAAGUGUGGAAUCCUGCUACUCUUUCAGCAAAACUCGUGUGGAACAUCCUCCACCCUCUAUCUCUCGAAGUCGGUUUCCAAUGUGUUCAGGUACCCUUCAACCGUUUGUGUCACCCCGAUGUUGCUCGCACCAAUCUAUCCCUCGCUUGCGCCAUGCUCUCCCUGCUUCAGGACAAUCAAAGCAUGACCACGGCCUCAUUGCCACUUCCACCGGACUUGCCUCUCCUUUCACGUUUGUUCAGACAAAUGGUUCAUGACGAGUCGAUCGAGUCGGAGCCCUUCACCCCGAUCAGCUUAGUGCCCAUGCCUGCUGGGACUAUUGCGACCUGCAACUUUUGCUCCACCGCCAUUUGGAAUCGCCACGUUCGCUGCACGGUAUGCGCUGAUUUUGAUCUCUGCUUGCUGUGUUACCUCAGCGGUCGGUCUUGCGAGCACGCUCAGUCAUAUGCAUGGGCAGAGCUUGUUCCGACCGAGCAGUGCACGAGGGUCCUCAACAGAGCCAGAGAGAUUUUGGGUUUCCAACCAGAGGCGCCCCGGGAAAUGGAUCGUUGCAAGACUCUUGGUACCGCUGUAAACGAUCUUAUGCGGGCCAAGGGUACAACUUCUGCUAAGCUCUGCCAUCUAUGUCGCAUUGACCACCAAGAAUGGAAAGGUCGUCGAUGCGACAAGUGUACGGCCUUCUUUUGCUAUCGAGGUCUUUUCCGCCAUUUUGACCAGUAUCCGCCUGAUGUAUUGCGACACAAGGGUCUAUGGAUCUGUCCAAAAUGUGAGGAGACAUGUAACUGUCGUUGUUGUCAUUUCGCGACCGCUUACGUCAAGAGCGAGAAGCCAGCAAGCAAACGGCGUGUCAAGGCGUGCGACAGCAGGGGCAAGGUGAUGGGAUUUGCAGACAAUGUCUUUGACCAGAAGCGAGGGCGAAGGGAAAGUCAUCCUGCUGCCAGCGGAAACCAUGCUUUGCCCGGGAUAGUCCACACCACCGGCAAGAAGCGACCACUAUCUGCGAGCGGUGAUCGUGGUCCAGAAACACCCUUCAGGAAGAUCGAGCUGCCCACUCCGGAGCCAGACUUUUCACAUCAGCCGAGAUUGGUGCUUUCCCGCGAAGGCUCCGAGCUCGUUCUCGAUGCCUUUGGAAGCAUCAAUGGCAAUUUGCCAACGCUGCUCCCGAGCCUGAAUACAUUCACAGAUGGACAUGAUUUCAUGGUAAGUCCCCCGGACGAGAGAUAUGCAAGAGUCAGCACAUCUCCGGCAAUUGCUUCGUUAGCUUCUACUGCUGUCAACAAUGGGCGUGUACCGAGCAAUUUUCAACAUGUGCAGAACAAUACACUCCCGCCGAUGCUAGGGCAUACUACGCACAACGGCACGUUUGUACCUCGCCACAGCUCCAGUAGUAUUAUGGGUACCCUGGGUACUGGUCUCCCGACGUCACCAACUAAGGCUACGCUACCAAACGACAUCAAAGCUCCGACCGCGGCUCUUGAUGCAUCGAUCGUCGAGUUGGAGACACAGCUUCGUAGUCUGAAGAAGUACGAAGAAGAAUUCGUUGCUCUGAACCUUGAGGACAGCAGGAGAAUGCUUGCCACUGAAGUGGCUGAGCUGGAAGAAAGGCUCAAAACAAAGAGACGUGAGAAGAGCAUUGUACUGAUUGAAAGACUCAAGAAAGAAGGGUUUGGUGGACUUGCAGCUGCAGUGGGGAAGGAGGUGGGACUGGGAAUUGACGGGACCGAUCAAAGCACUGGAUAG